UCUUACUGUAAAUUUUCGUACUAAAAGACAUUAAAAAUCUUUGUCAUCUAAAGUCAAUUCAUAUCGAUUAAAAUUAAUACUCAUUAGUGAUAUUGAAGACGAUAAACAAGAAAAACGAUUGAAAUCGAUUAAAUUUUAAGCGACAUUUUUGGAAACAUCGAUUAAAUUGAUCAAAGUAUAUUAAAGUCGAUUAAUUUUCAGUUCACUUUUAUCGACUUUAAUCCCAUAUUUCCAGCAGGGUGGAGACAGUGUAUUGACCACUUCUUUACAUUUUCGGAUAGGAAAAUCAACUGUAUAUAAUAUUAUUCCUGAAGUGUGUAAUGCAAUAUGGGAGGUAUUGCAAGAGACAUAUCUUCGAUAUCCACAAGAAGAGAAGGAAUGGCUAAAAAUCGCAGAUGAGUUCAAUAAUAUGUGGGAUUUUCCAAAUUAUAUCGGGGCAAUUGAUGGGAAGCAUUGUCGAAUACAAGCUCCACCAAAUUCACAUAGCGCUUUUCACAAUUACAAGGGUUUUUUUAGUCUUAUACUAAUGGCUAUUGUGGAUGCUCAUUACCGUUUCAUUUGGGUGGACAUUGGAGAUUACGGUUCCCUGAAUGACGCUGGAAUCUGGUCACAUACUACAAUGAAGCAAGCAUUUGAAAACAAUAUGUUAUUUAUACCAGAAGUUCGUUCGUUACCUAAUACAAAUGAUCUAUUGCCAUUUUCUAUUGUUGGAGACGAAGGCUUUCCACUCAAAACAUAUUUAAUGCGUCCAUAUGCAAAGAAAAAUUUACAAAGUAACGAGCAAAAAGUGUUCAAUUAUCGGUUGUCAAGAGCACGUCGAGUCGUCGAAAAUGCUUUUGGUAUUCUUGUGGCACGAUGGUGAAUACUACAUAAACCUAUAGCUCUGAAAUUAAGUACUGUGGAGAAAAUAGUGCAAGCUGUAACUUGUUUGCAUAAUUAUAUUAUAAGUACCAAUGUACAAAAUAAUUUUUAUUUUAAUGAAAGAAUGGUAGAUCGAGAAGAAGCUAAUGGUGAAAUAGUACCAGGGAAUUGGCGAAAUGAAAUAGAAGAAAAUAGUUUUAUUCAUCCUUUAGGGCGAGAUGGUGCCAACAUUAGUACAGCUGCUGCUAUGAGACAACGCGAAACUCUUGCUCGAUAUUUUGUCUCAGAAGAAGGAAGCAUUCCAUAUCAAUGGCAACGCAUAUAAAUAUUUUGUAGGAUUAAUAAAAAUUACGUGUAAAGUUUUUGUAAUUUCUUCCUUUAUUAAUAAUAAUAUUAAUUGCAC